GUAUACAUAAAUGGCCCACUGAAAUAAUGAAGAAAAGGGAUAAUGGGUUCAUACUUAUAAAAGACACCAACAUCCUCUUCUCACUCAUAUGAUUGUUGAAGAAACACAUGAAAAACUUGACAUCAUCGUCAAUUUCAAUCCUAAAUCAACUCCAAGUCUACCUAUAGUAACCGACAAUGUCGGAAAUGGAGAGAGAUCUGAUCCAUCGCCGCCGGGUAUCCUCUUAUUUUUGCGGGUGUUAUAUGAUGUCCCCAUCGUGCUUCCCAGUGCAUGAAGAAAUGGACUACUCACGCAUUCAUCAUUGCAGCAGCGGCGGCGACAACAGGACGAGGAGGAGAUGGCGGAAUCUGUUGAGAAGGUUGGUCAAAGAUGGGAAGACCAGCUUAUACGGAUCCAAGCCGCCAUUGUCUUUUCACUAUGAUGCUGUUAGCUAUUCUCAGAAUUUCGAUGAGGGUUGUCAUCGUGAUGAAUCUGCUCAUCGCCGCCGAGUGUUUCAAGAAGUACACGAGUAAUGUUUUUUUUGUCUUGUUUUAAUUUAUUUCCCCCUUUUUUUCCCCUGCAAGUUCAAAUCAACUUUGAUGUAACUAUAUAUAAUUAUAAUAUAUAUCAAGAUCUGUUAGUUAAGUUUUAAA